UUUAUAUAUAGGUUCACAUAAUCACAUGGUAAUUCCAUGUGUCAAUUUAAACUUUAAAGCAUUCCUAUUGAACAAAAUGGUACUUCCAAGUGUCCGUCAACGUGUUAGGGUGGUUAAAGCUCUAGAGUGGCUAAACGUUUGAGGGGGGGGGGUAUUCAUAUGUUUCUAUAUUAAAAAUAUAAAUUAAAAUUCUGUUUUAAUUUACUUUUCAGAAACCGUGCCAUAUUGCCUAUAACGAAAUUGUUAUUGACACUUAGGUUUUACGCAUUAGGGACAAUUUUGCUUGCUGCUGGAGACUUUGUAGGCGUGAGUAAAACUUCAGCCUGUAAUAUUGUUCGAACAGUUACUGAAGCUAUAGCUUCUUUAAGACCGUUGUAUAUUAAAAUGCCAGACCAUCAUUGUAGUAUUCAGGAAACUAGAUUGAAAUUUUACAAUAUAGCACGAUUUCCAAGAAUUAUAGGUGCCAUUGAUUGUACUCAUGUCAAACUUCAAUCACCUGGUAAUUUAUUGAACUACUUCAUCCAUUAUUUAUUUUUAAAUUAUAUUAAAUUAGGCGACUUACUUUUGUUUAUAUUUUUAGGAGGAAAUAUAGCAGAAGUGUAUAGAAAUAGGAAAGGUUAUUUUUCAUUAAAUGUCCAAGUAGUCGGAGGACCUUCACUUGAGAUUCUUGAUAUAGUUGCAAGAUGGCCUGGUUCGACCCAUGACCAAGUCAUAUUUAACAACUCAACAAUACAUUUUAAAUUUGAAACAAACGAAAUGGGAGAUAAUAUUUUAUUAGGUGAUGGAGGUUAUGAGUGUCGUCCAUAUAUUCUAGUUCCAUUAAUCUCUCCAAAUACAAAUGCUGAAUUAUUAUACAACGAAUCUCAAAUAAGAACUCGAAAUACAAUAGAACGUUUGUUUGGAGUAUGGAAGAGGAGAUUCCCAAUAUUGUCACUUGGUAUAAGAACAACACCAGAUAGAGCUCAAGCAAUAAUAGUAGCUACAGCCGUACUACAUAAUUUGGCUUCAGUAUUAGGAGAAUCAAUACCUCCAAUAGACCCAUAUAUUAUGAACCAAGAACCUAUACAUGAAGAGUGGAAUGUACCAUUAGCUGUAGAAGAAAGAGGAAAUAAUAAAACAUCUGUUAGAACGAGUUUAAUUAGAGACUAUUUUUCAAACCUUUAA